AAGCCGUUAACAAUGUCUUUCUCUUUGAUGGAAGUAUGCAAGAAGAGAAGGCGGUGCCCAAAGAUCUUCAGCUUCCAGUCCUUCGCCGAUCCCGGGUGCCCCGUCGCUCCCUCCGCCGCCUUCCGCGACAACGUCAGAUCGUUCCUCCGAGAGUGCGCGGAGCUCGAGGAGUACGUCGUUCAGAACAGCCCACUCUGGUGCACCCUUUUGCUCAGCGACAAGACCAACGUCAUGGCACCUCUCUACACCCUCGAAGAACAAGUUUGCCAAUCUUCCCACCCCUUCUGCGACCAUUGUCGCUGUGCAGGUUGGAGUGGUCACUUUGUGUCAAAGAGAAGGUAUCAUUUCAUAAUUCCAAUGGACAAUUGGUGGAAUAAACCCUUACCUGAGGAUGCUAUUGAUAAUCAGGACCACCUCUUGCAUGGUGUGAUUCACUGCAAUGGCUAUGGCCAUUUGGUCUGCAUUAAUGGCAUUGAAGGUGGCUCCAAGGUCCUCAGUGGUAGAGAGAUCAUGGAUCUAUGGGAUAGGAUCUGCACAAACCUUGGAGCAAGGAAAAUUUCAGUGGAAGAUGUUUCAAGGAAGCGAUCCAUGGAUCUUCGCCUACUUCAUGGUGUUGCAUAUGGCCACUCAUGGUUUGGUAGGUGGGGCUACAAGUUUUGUCGCGGAAGCUUUGGAGUGACAGGCCAAACCUAUUAUGAAGCAAUUGAAGGUCUAGGUUCCUUAGAGCUUGAUGAAAUAGUGAGAGAUUUAAGCAAGACAAAGUGCCAUAAAGAGAUCAAGCAAAUCAUUCGCAGCUAUAGAGACAUGAGUGAAACUCAGAUUACCACAUUGAGAGAUCUUCUAAGGUUCAUGCUCACUGUCAAGUCUCGCGUCCCAAUGUCCAAGAUAUCAAUAACCCUUGGAGCUCCUCCUUCUUCGGCUUUCAUCUCAAGAAAUUCAACCAAACAAGGCUUCUUAAGUAGAUCAAAUCUGGCAAAGGAGAAGUCCGCAAAGUACAAGAAGUUCAGCACCGCAGUGGCUAAUAUGGAUAGCAGGUGGCCAACAAGGAGGCUAGAGUUUGCUGCACAGGUGAUUGUUGAUGCACUGAAGGAGCACAAGGCAAUGAACUCGGUUUCAGAGGGGAUGACGCGGCAGGAUGUGAGGGAUGCAUCUAGGCUUCAUAUUGGUGAUACCGGCUUGCUCGAUUAUGUGCUGAAAUCACUCAACAAUGUGAUUGUUGGCAACUAUGUUGUUCGCCGCAUGGUUAACCCCUCAACAAGGAUCCUAGAAUACACCAUUCAUGAGGUUGGCAAUGGGUUUAAGUCCCCGGAAACUGUGGUUGAGCCUGAGGCAGCGGCUCUUGUAGACCCUCAAGAUGAGUCAUUUAGGAUGCCUGGUAGUGAUGUUUAUUGUGAUGUGUUCUACCUAUACAAAAAUGUGCUAUUGAGAUAUCCGAAUUCAGAACCAGUGGACUUAGCAAUUCAGACGAUCCUUGAUAGCCGGUAUUUUGUGAAGGAAUGGGAUUACAUGGAUGAGAUGCAGCAGGCUUUGACAUUCAUCUGCCGGCUUAAGCCAAAUUUCGUUGAUAUUAAAGCUGAUUUGAGUAGGGAGCAGCCUUGUGGGGAGAUUGUGAUGGUUCCCCUGCAUGCAACGGUUAGAGACCUGAAGCAAGCUGCAGAGGCAGCACUGAGGGAUACCUACUGCAUUGCAGAGAGGCUCAUAGUCACUGAGAUCACUGAAUUGAAUGGUGCAAGUGAUAAUGAGGUGCUAUUUGGAUUAAUCCAAUCCGGAGUGGAGCUUUCUGUGAGGGGGAUUUCCAUUGACUUGUGCACUCCAUUGAAGUUCCAAGGUGAAUCCGACAAUUGGAAGGUGAGGUGUGAGUGUGGAGCACAAGACGACGAUGGUGAGAGAAUGGUAGCCUGCGACAUAUGUGAGGUCUGGCAGCACACAAGGUGUUGUGGCAUUGAGGAUUCUGAGACAGUGCCACCUUUGUUUGUGUGCUCCGGCUGCUGCGAUUCGCUUGCCCCUCGGCAGAUGGAGUCACCCUUUGCCAUGGAUUGUGUUGAUGAUUUCCUUGUUUCACCAGAGCCUACCUUGUUUCUGGAAUAUGAAUGUGGUUACUGA